AUGACGUGGAAGUGCUGGAAAAGCUGUCAACGACUGCAAUUCAGCUACAAGAAACUCUGUUUGAAAAAUUCAGACUGCGAUGUCGGCUGCAAAGCGGCCUGUCACUUUGCGGAGGAAGCGAGCAACUACGUGCCACGAGCUCCCGUCCUCGUGCAACGUGGCGAGGAGGUGCUCAUGAACGACGGCCACGAGACAAAAUGGCCGAAACCAGCGCCCGAGCUGGAGGGACCCUGGGUCUAUCUAGUUAUGCGACGCCUCAAACACCCUGGUAGUUCCUGGCGACAGAUCACUCAAACCCUGGACCGAUCCGCAAGGAUCCCGACUGGUGGGAUGGUGAGGGUGUUAGUGGUAAACCGCAGUGGUUUGGCGACCAUAUACGGACCUGCAGAGGAGAUAAAGAGACGGGAGGACAAGGGAUGGAGACUGAGGGAGGUGUCCGUGAUUCACCAGGAGGCGGUGGUGAUCGCAGAGAUCGCCUGGGAGGCGAGACAUCCGGGAGCGCUGUACCUGGUCACCUGGGAGGUGGCUGGAGGUGGACUCAGAGGAAACCUGCUCUUGUCGUCUACAUGUGUCGCCUUGUCUCUGUGGCCUGAUACUCAGUUCCAUGUACAGGUGGAACUCAUGAAUCCCAGUGCACUGGAACAACAAAAAAGUGAGGAAUUAAUCGUGGACACUCAUAAGGGAAUCGAGAACGUGAUCCUACCUCAGACUGACGAUCCGUCCCUCCUCAACGCCUUCUCCUCCUCUCCCUCAUCCUCCUCCUUAGACUUAUCCUUCUCCUCAGACUCUUCUUCCUCAUCCUCAAACUCACUCCUCCUCAGAGUCCUCAACAGUUCGAGAGCAGACAUAGAGCUGAGUGACCCUCAGCUGCAGCCGAUUACGACGCGGCAAAUGACGGCGCAGUUUGUUGCCGCUGGGUUGGCUGCCCUGUUGGCUGUGCUAAUAGUGGUUAUGGUUGUAAGGGCGUGCAGGACGAGAGGGGAAACCAAUCCUCAUUCGAAGCUCGUUGAGGACGAUUAUCUAACGGCUGACCUGUAUAAAGUUGUUUCACACAACGCAGAGACUGACAAGUCAAAGACAAGCGUACCAACAUUCACGGCCAACCCUCUAAUCACGUGACAUGCACUGGGCCAGCCUAGCUUCCUAGUACCCAGCCUCAUGUACAACGUGACUGUUUAAGUUGGAUUUCAAGACUGCAUCAUUGAUAAUAUUGUGUAUAAACUCAAUUAAACAUUAUUUAUAAACUAUGACUAUGUUCCUAAGCACUACUAUAUUAUAAUGUAUUGUACUCUUAUUAUGAUUAUUAUUGUAAAUAUUUAGUCUACAUCUCAGUGUAUUUGAAAACUGUUAGAAAUACAGCAAGAAGAUUCUAGAAUAAUUUGAUGAACUAGACUCAUUCCAGUAAAAAUAAUAUUCUUAUGAGUAUACAUGGGAAAUAAACAACUUAAGAUUUUCUAAAUCGAAUGUAUUUUAUGAUAAUAAUAAUAUAAUAUCGAACAUGAGAGACCUGGCUGGCUCAGGUCUGGUGUUAGAGCUUUCAGGUCACACCUGAGUAAUUUCAGGCACUUUUUUGCUAUCAAAAGAAUUUCAGUCUUCUGACAUGACUUAUAUAUUCAUUUAUUGUAAUUAGGGUGAUCACGAUUUAUUGUAAGAUCCCUGGAUUCAAAUCUAUCUAUGCUGAACUGGAUUAGAAUUAUAUUAUAAAGUUGAUAACAAAAUAUUUUGAUUCAUUAUAAAUAUGGGUGAAUUUCUUUAAUAUUACAAAGAAAAAUUCAAGUCCAAUAAAUGGUCUAGUGUCUAGUAAAUUCAAAUAUAAAAUGAAUAAAUCUUGUAUGAUAUGAUUAUGAUUAUUUACUUGCAUAGAUUUUAUAAGAUUGUGGAUCUCAGCAUUUAUGAAUGUGUAAAUUAUGGUCUGGAAAAUUACAUAAACUUUGAUAGAAUUAUAAUGACUAGGCAAUCAAUUUAAUUUGGUUGUAUACUGAAUAUCGAGAAGAGACAGUUGGAUUAAUUUAAUAUACUAUCUAUUGAUGUGUCCAGAUUGUUUUGUAAGACAUUACCAAUAUAACAAUAUAUUACAAUAUAGACAUUACCAAAGGUAUUCAAUAUCCUUGUCAGAUCAAUUGAUAAGUUUCAUGAGUGAUUACUGAAUCUCUGCAUGAAUCCUAUGGUUUUCCAUCAAUGUUUUUCAAAUAAUUUCAGUAUUCCAAGUGUACAGUUUCCGAAUAUUUUCGCGUGAUUAUUUGAAAAUCCUCAACAGGAUUGUCACUUCAAUAAUUCAAUAUAGGUACUCAUAAUUAUUUCUGCUGCUGUUCAUAUUCAUAUUCCUUAUAGAAUAUGUUCUUGUCACAUUCUAUAAUCCUUAAACUAAUCUUGAUCUAAAUUCAUUUGAAAUGAGAAUCAUGAUAUUUUCAAUUAUCUUUUGGACAACAUUAACAUUUUAUCAAAAUUUUUGGAGAGAAGUAGUACAGGCUCAGCCUAGUUUUUCCUCCAAUGUCAUAAUUGUAUUAUGAUUAUAGUAUUUUAUACAAUAAUUAAUUAUUAAAAUUGAAUUCACGAACAUCAGCUUAUGUACAAAAAUGUAAUUUCAUUCCUGUGAACUCAGAGUUAUGCUUGAAAAUCAUGUUUUGGAAAAGUUGUGAAAAAUUAUAUUGGGAAACAUGACUUACAUCCCUCCUACUACCUCACUAUUAUUAUAUAAGCCACAAAAAUUUGUUGAAAACUCAACCAAUACCUUCAAACAGUGUAUAGUAUAACACUGAAUACUAAAUUAGUAUUAUCUACUAAUAAAAAACAUAGAAUUAUCUAAUCAGAUAAUAACAGGUUGUGUACUGGUAUAGAACUAUUGAGCAAUGUGGACCAUUAUCCAAAUGGAAGUCAAAAUAUGUGUAUCAUAAUCUUCAAUAUCCAUGCUCUAACUUGCUCCAUUCCUAGUUUAGGUUUGUAGAUAAUUGUAAAAUAUUGUAAGGAUGAAUGAGUAAAUUUCGAGAAUUAUGUUAAAUUAUUAAUUCUAGUCUAUGUUUCUUGUAAUAUUAUUGUAUCACUGUGAUAUUGAUUUGAUUUUUAAGCUUGUCUAUCGCAAGGAUGAACUUUGUAAUAAAAACCUACAUAAUCAA